GCCCGAGUUGACAUUUUGUUACCGCUCCCCGCUCGCAUUUUUCUGCGGAUGAUGAUGGAGAGGGCAGAGGAGCUCCUCAACGUCCAUGGAGGAUUGCACAGCAGAGGCGGGGCUUCGCCACCAUUACCGUAACCAUGGUCUGUUUUAUACAUCAGUAUUCACAAUGAUAACUCCUGCGUUUGACCUGAGCCAAGAUCCAGAGUACCUGAUCCUCAGCAUCCGUGUGCCCUACACCAGAACAUCAGAGUUUGAUCUCUACAUCGAAGGAACAGAUUUUAAGUUCUAUGCCAAGCCUUACUUUCUCAGAUUAUCUCUUCCUGGAAGAGUAGUGGAGGAUGGGAGAGAAAAGGCUAAAUUUGACAUUGAUAAAGGUCUCGUCACUGUUUGGGUCCCCAAGGAAACAGCUGGAGAGCACUUUGAAGGACUUCAGAUGCUGACAAGUCUCCUCGCCCCAAAAGGCUCCCGUUCAGCAAAACCACUGAUAGAGGACUUAAGCACAGGAUGCAGUGAAGGGGCGGUAGAUGAUGAAGAUGAAGAAGAAUUUGACUGGCAGGUGGAGCAGGAGGUGUACAAGGAGAGCUCUGAGGAGGAGCUGAGCGCCCUGCAGAAAUAUGGCUUUGGCAACCAGAGGUCAGGAGUGUUUGCAAGGUUACAGGAGGAACUGAGCGAUGUGAUUGAUGUCAAGAACCCAGAGGGAACGACAGCAGCAGAGAGGAGGCAGGCCCGGCUGGACGCAGAGGCAUCUGCUUUUUCUCCUGACCAUUACCUGGCUGAUCUGUUUGAAGAUGAUGAGAUCAAGGGGCUGUUGAAAUUUAGGCCGUGGUGGGCGAAGCUGAGUCCCUCUACAGAGCAGGAGGGAGAAGCUGCUGUAUCAUUCACGGAUGACGAGAAGGAGCAGCUGAGAAAAUUCACCAACCACUCCUACCUGCUGGACAAGACGUCUCGUUACCAAGUGUGGCUCAGUCUCGUGGACAUCCUGCUGGCUUAUGCCUAUGAAGUGCGCUCUACAGAGGGAGAGCACAACGUAGAGUCUCCAUGGACUAUCAGAAAACUCAGUGGAACUCUCUGCUGGCUGGAGACAUACAGCUCCUUGCAAGAUGUCCUGGUGUCAUUUGGACGGAGGGUUUUGUGCUACCCACUUUACAGACACUUUGGUAUGGUCUCUGCGGCCAUUCAUGACACAACUAAGAUUCUGCAGUCAGGGAAAGCCUGUGUCCUCAAAUGCCUGCUGGAUAUUCACAAAGUGUUCCGAGAGAACGACCCGGCCUACAUACUGAACGAUCUGUACAUCACAGACUACUGCAUCUGGAUCCAGAGGGUCAAGUCCAAAAAGAUGUCAGCUUUGGCCGAGACGUUACAAAAAGCCUCCCUGCGGAAAAAAGACUUGAAGUUGGAACUCGAGGAGCUAGAGGAGGCAGCAUCAAUGGUGGCGGAGGAGGAAGAAGAGCAGGGAGCUUCCAAGCACGCUCCGAUAUCCCACAGUGACAGCAGCAGCGACUCCAGUGACAGCAGCAGCAGUGACUCGUCCGAUGAGAGUGAGGCUGAAGGGCAAGGCUGCACUGAAUCCAACGAGGGAGGAGGAGGAGGAGGAGGAGGAGGAGGGGAACUGUCUAAGGACAACCCUCUACAGCCCCAACCCACCUCGGCUGCCUCUCCCAUCCCCCAGGAACCCACAAACACACUCCUCUCAGCAGUGAGGAAGGUGGACGCCCUCCCCGCAGCCUCAGAAGGCUCCAGGCAGCUGAUCCAGGAGCUGGGGGAACGGGUGGCGGAGGAGCUGAGAAUAUCUGAAGGCUCCAGCUACAAAGCAGAGAGACAGUGUUCACAGGCGAACAGCGCUGCAGCGAAAACAGAAGCAACAUCUGCGAGGAGCAGCAGUGGGACUUUAUUAGAGCUAAGUCCUCGCAGAAACCCUCUGCUCAUCGUCCAAACACAGGAGGAUGAUGAAGAGAGCGACUACAUCUGCUGAUACACAUUGUUGUAGAUCCUGAAAGCCACUUGAUGAUUUUUGAACUGUUAACUCUGUGUAAGUGAGCGCAGAUGUAUUUGGUUUAAUGACUUCAUUUCCAUAUGAUUUUAAGUGCUUUAACCCUCUUCUAAAGGACCUUAUUGAAUUAUAUUCUCUUAAUUUAUGAACUUGCUAAGCCUCAUUAAAAUGAUAUGGUUGUUUAAUGAGCAAUUGUGUGCUUUUAGUUUUUCUCAUUUCAUUAGAGGAUAGAAGAGGGAGCCCUCUUCUUCUGUCUUGCUUUAUGUGUUAUAUGAUUUUCCUGCUACAUGCUUUACAAAUAUAUGUAUUCUGUCUGAGUAUACUUUGAUUUUUUAUGAAUUAUUGCUGCUCCUUUUUUAAUAUGCAAAGUAAUUCAACUAAAUUUGAAAACUAGAUUCCAUACACUGACCUCUGCUACUAAUACCCAUGUAUAUGUCUAGCGUGCACAAUAUGGGUUCUUUUCAGCCUACUUCUCAUGGCCAAUAUUGAUAACUGAUAAAAAGAAGUUCGUAACCUGUAGUUUACCUACACCUGAGGGUUAAGAAAGGCUAUGAUAUACUGAGCAAAGGUGGGUGAUGUUAUUAUUCCGUAGCUCUGACCUAACCACAUCUAACUGACAUUACUAUUGUUUACACACCAAAAACCAAAAACAGUUUUUGACUCUUCAAAUGUUCUUUUUUUUUAUUAUUAAUUUGUAAAGUCAAUUAAA